GCAAAAUCGCCUCUCUCACACACAUCCAUUGCAUACAUCCGGGUGCUGCUCCCAAUGCGCAGACUCUUUUGUACUGCGUUUCCGUGUUAGGUAGGGGAGAAGAGAAGUGCUCACUCCGACAGAGUAGUGACAGUCGUGGAUCUCGAAUCACUCCAACACCGGGAGGUAGCCUAACAAAAAUAUAAAAUAUCUAAAGAAGUCCUCCUCGUGCGGAACCAGAGAGGGGUCGACCACCUUUUGGUCUGGAUACUACAACACAUUGUCGACAUGUGAGAUUUACGGAAUAAAAAAGAGCGGUGUGCGUAUGUGACUGCUUCCCCUGGUCUGUCUGGAAAUUUGGUGGUGCGGAUUUAUUGUAAUUAAACCCCAAAGGAAAAUGAAGAAGUUUAACUUCAGGAAAGUAUUGGACGGACUGACAAUGGUCUCCUCCUCCUCUUCUUCCCCCGCAUCUCCGCAACCUGGAAACAGGGAGAAUGAUGUGAUUCGGGAGACCCUCCAGUCCGAGCAUUUCCAGCUCUGCAAGACGGUCCGUCAUGGUUUCCCAUACCAGCCUUCCUCAAUGGCUUUUGACCCUGUACAGAAGAUUUUGGCAGUCGGGACUCAGACUGGAGCACUAAGAAUAUUUGGCCGUCCAGGGGUGGAAUGUUACUGCCAACACGAGAGCGGUGCAGCAGUUAUCCAGCUCCAGUUCCUCAUCAACGAGGGGGCACUGGUGAGCGCUUUGGCAGAUGACAGCAUUCACCUCUGGAACCUAAGGCAAAAGCAACCGGCUAUUCUGCAUUCCCUCAAAUUCAACAGAGAGAGGAUAACGUUUUGUCACCUGCCUUUCCAGAGUAAAUGGCUGUAUGUCGGAUCAGAGAGGGGUAACAUUCACAUUGUGAAUGUGGAGUCCUUUUCCCUCUCAGGCUACGUCAUCAUGUGGAACAAAGCCAUUGAACUGUCCUCGAAGACCCACCCAGGGCCUGUGGUACACAUCAGUGAUAAUCCCAUGGAUGAAGGAAAGCUUAUGAUUGGAUUUGAGUGUGGGAUGGUGGUCUUGUGGGACCUGAAAUCAAAGAAAGCUGAUUACCGCUACAGCUACGAAGAGGCAAUCCACUCAUUAGCCUGGCACCACGAGGGGAAGCAGUUCUUCUGCAGCCACUCGGACGGAACCCUGACCAUGUGGAAUGUGAGAUCCCCCACCAGGCCUGCGCAGAUUAUCACCCCACAUGGUAAACAACCAAAGGAUGGGAAGAAGCCAGAGCCCUGCAAACCCAUCCUGAAAGUAGAAUACAAAACUACCAGAACCGGGGACCCAUUCAUAAUUCUGUCUGGAGGACUCUCCUACGACACAGUAGGGGGGAGGGCAUGUCUGACAGUAAUGCAUGGGAAAAGCACUGCUGUUCUAGAGAUGGACUACCCUAUUGUUGAAUUCCUGACUCUCUGUGAGACUCCGUAUCCAAGCGAUUUUCAGGAACCGUAUGCUGUUGUGGUUCUACUUGAAAAGGAUUUGGUAGUUAUUGACCUUGGACAAAUCGGCUACCCAGUAUUUGAGAGCCCAUACCCUUUGACUAUCCAUAAAUCUCCCGUAACUUGCUGUGAAUACUUCGCUGGCUGUCCCUUGGAUCUUGUCCCUGCACUCUACUCUGUUGGCUCCAGACAGAAGCGUCAAGGCUAUAGUAAGAAGGAGUGGCCUAUAAGUGGAGGCAACUGGGGCCAAGAUGCACAAAACUAUCCUGAGAUUAUCAUUACUGGCCAUGCAGAUGGGUCAGUUAAGUUCUGGGAUGCCUCUGCCAUGAUGCUGCAGGUGCUGUAUAAGCUGAAGACAGCCAAGGUAUUUGAGAAGUGGCGUAGCAAAGAAGACAGGCCCAGUAUAGAAAGCCUGGACGAGGAUCCCUUUGCCAUCCAGAUCGUGUCCUGGUGCCCUGAGAGCCCGGUUCUGUGCGUGGCAGGAGUCUCUGCUCAUGUCAUUGUUUAUAGGUUCAGCAAACAAGAAGUGACCACUGAGGUGGUGCAGCUCCUGGAAGUAAGUCUACAGUAUGAACUGAAUGACAUGGAGUCUCCAGAGAUGUGUGGAGACCAAGGGACAAUGUCUUCCAUGCCACGGGAUGCUCCCAGCCCCCCACAUCCUAGUGACCCCCAGCUCCACCACUCCACCAGAUGCUCCCCUGACGGAGCCCAAGACGACACCUCUUGCCUCAAGGUACGAAGUUCACCACUGAAGCAGUCGCCAGGAUUCCAGGUGGAGCUGGUCAUUCAGUUGAUGCGGGUCAGUGGGGAACCGCCCCAACCAAUCACCAGCCUGGCUGUCAACUCCUCAUAUGGACUUGUGGUUUUUGGCAAUACUUGUGGCCUUGCAGUUAUUGACUACAUUCAGAAGACUGUCCUGUUAAACAUGGGAACACUUGAGCUUCUUAGGUCAAGUGAACCCAAUCACAGACAACCACGGUCCCCUCGAAAAUUGCGACAGCCAUCCACAGACAUUCCACCUGCGACGUCUUGCAUGUGCGCCCUUGUGUCUAACUUUUAUACUGAGUCUGUGAAAAAACUAAGAGCCUCGUACCUGAGUCUCUCUGAUAUUAAUGAAGGAUCCGCCUCCUCAGAUGACCGAUGCAAAUCGCCAAUAUCAGUGAAGAAAAAAAACUUCAGGUUUUCCAAGAUGAUAGUCAGUGACCUAGCUAAGGUGUCGCGGAAAUUAAGCUUGCCUACUGACCUAAAGCCAGACUUGGAUGUGAAGGAAAACUCCGUCAGCCAAUCAGGCAGUUCCAGUGUGGUCAGUAUCGACCGGGAGUCCCGUGAAGCCAUUACCUCCCUCCUCUUCAGUGAGGUGCCCAUGCCUGGCCUGUGGGUGGGCACCUCGCAGGGCACCGUGCUGUCUAUAUCCUUUAUCCUGCCAGCCCCAGGAGAGCAGAGACUUCUCCAGCCCAUCGUUGCAGCACCCAAUGGUACAUUGUUUAGACUGAAAGGCAGCAUCCAGAGGCUUGCCUUCCUGGACGGGACAGGGGCGCUCCUGCCGCCUGCCCAUGAGACCUGGUGGGAGCCCAAUAAACCCAAGGACCCUGAGGAGAGGGAGGAGCAACAGCAGCACGGCCCCCCCUCAGUUUCCCUCCCUCCCUCCUCCCGGGACACCAACAGCACCCACUUUGCCGUUUUCUGUUCGGAGAAGCAGGCCGAGGUUGUCGCCCUGCCCUCCCAGACCAGCCUUUCCAAACACGCUGUGACCGAGGCCUCUUUCGCCCUGCGCGCCGACGUGGUCCAGCUGGACGGUGCCGUCUGCCUCGCCUGCUUCUGCGCCAAUGGGCAAAUCACGGUGUUUAGUUUACCCAGUCUAAGGCCGCUGCUGGACGUCAGUUAUCUGCCACUGACUGACAUGCGCAUUGCCCGGACCUUCUGCUUCUCCAACAGUGGCCAGGCCCUGUAUAUGGCCUCUCCCACAGAGAUUCAGCGUAUCACAUACAGCCAUGAAAUGUGUGACAACCUGCAGGAAAUGCUUGGAGAGCUGUUCACGCCAGUGGAGACCCCAGAGGCUCCAAACAGGGGUUUCUUUAAGGGCCUCUUUGGCGGAGCAGCGCAGACCAUGGACAGGGAAGACCUUUUUGGUGAGGUGUCAGCUGGAAAGGCCUCACGUAGCCUCGCCCAGCACAUCCCAGGGUCGGGUGGCAUUGAGGGCGUGAAGGGUUCGGCUUCAAAUGUGGUGGGCGAGUUGGCACAUGCCCGGAUAGCCCUGGAUGAGAGAGGGCAGAAGCUGAGCGAACUGGAGGAAAGGACGGCUGCCAUGAUGCACAGUGCAGACUCCUUCUCCAAACAUGCUCAUGACGUGAUGCUGAAGUAUAAGGACAAGAAGUGGUACCAGCUUUGACUCAGGCCCAAGAAGCCAGAGGGAGUUUGGUUUCAGGUGGUUUGGUUUUAAUUAUGUACACAGUUGUAUUUGGGAACUGCCAUGCCUUUCCACCUCGCUGACCUCUUUACAGGACCACAGAGAGACAUUUUGUUGUACCCACCUCUCACCUCUGGCACCAUAUCACACCCUAUAUGACAUUGUAGCCUUCAGUCAUGUGACUUCAACUGAUGGGCAGGGUAAAACAGCACAAAUAAAUUGGUGGGAGGGAGAGUGGAGUUCCCUUAUUCUCUUUCUUCCCCUACGAUUUUACCUCCACUUUUCUAUUUCCCAGUGUCCAAAGACUGCUCUUGGAAGGGAAACUAGUAAAAGUCUGCUGGAGUCAAGGCCUGGAUGCCAUGAAUCUUCUGGCUGUUCACACAGCCUCAUCUCAUCUACUGUCACAGUCCCACCUGUCCUGGGGUCUAGAAAUUAAAAUGGAAAAAAAGGAUAGAAAAUAAAAAUCCAGAAAGCUAAUGAAUUCUGUAAACACAUUUAGUUUUGUUCGGUGUGAAAUGAGUUUCAAAAUAUUUUUUUCAAAAAAUGGAAUUGCAAAUACCAUUCCUUGUCUUUGAGAGAGAAGUGUGUGUCUAAUAGGAAGCAUUGAGCCUAAAAUCUUGUAAAGGCUACGUGUAUGUUUUAGGAUGAAUGAAACACAAAUGACUGGAACAAAUGACCCUGAUUGAGAGCAUUAUUUUUCUUCAAGCUUGAAUUUUUGUUCAGAAAAGUAGUGACUUCUCUUUGAAUGGGACACUGUUGUCUCUGAACGAUCUACUUCCUACAUUGUGGAGGAGCUAAGACUACUGAGAGUUGUAGUAAGGUUGUAUUACCUGUGGAGGGCAUAGCCCCCCAAACAAAAUAAAAUGACCAGUCAGGUACUGCAGAAUGUACUACAUUCUCUCUUAUCUUCUUGGUUGGAAUUUCAGGAAUGUUCUUUAUAUACGUAUCUGCGUAGAUAUAUGUAUGUAUGCAGGAAUGUUAUGUGCAUGCAAAUGAGCUUACAUGCAUAUAUUUAAACUUGUUGAGAUGUGUAUUUCCUUAAAAUUGUCUGUGUGGGGUUUAAUGCUUUCCUUUUCUUUUUGAAAAACCUAUCACGUGUAAGAAAAUGCUGCUAUUUGUGUUAUUUGUGAAAGCUUCAUCUUCAACAUGUGGUAUGUUUUUUAUUUUAAAAUGAAAGCCAAAGCUCAGUUUUUGCUCAGAAUUGCUGCCAAACUUGUAAAUUAUGUAAAUAGAGGAGAGUGGCUACUGGGGAUUGUGUGAAAGUCUAUCUGACUCUUCUCAACAAACUUGGAGAUCUAGAGAAAUAUGAGCGUCAUAUUCCAUAAGUGGCACAGGUCCGUUGUCAAGACCCGAAGAGUUAGCAUAUAUCCAAAGGUGGUAUUUUGGCCACAGAUUCUAACUGAACAACCAGAUACUACAUAUUCUUAACAAUGAAGUCCAUCUCACUACCACUGAAGCCAAAAUAUUCCAUUUUCAUGAAUCGUCUGAAAGUUUAUCAAGAGUGCGACCAAGCACACUGUGGCAAUGGGCAUCCUGUACUGUAAUCUGUAUGUGAGUUUUAUGGAAACAUUCUUUAAUUUCUUACUUGUCGCAAGAAAUUAACAAAAAACAUAAAACCAAGCUGUGUUAGUGGCUUUUAGCAAAUCGCACACUUGACAAACAAAUCAUACCUUAUUGAAUAGUUCAGUUUAGUGACACAAAGUCUACAAAAACAUUUUUGGCAUUGCUUUCUUCAAGUGCAAACCUGAUUCUUGUGAUUUACAAUAUAUAAUAAAACAUUUUUCUUGCACAUGCGUACACACACACACACACACACACACACACACACAUACAUUUAAAACUCCUAUUGUCACCUGAAAUCUCCUGUAGUUACAAAGCAGAGGACAGAACAGAAGAAGGAACACUUAAGUGUCUGGUGAGUUUAACAAAUCUGUUUAUAGUCACAGUGUGAGUUGGGCUGUGACAUUGGGCUUGUGAACUGCAGUAGUGUCAGAAGUUGGAUUUUUUUUUUUUCUGAAUGUAACUUUUUUUUUUUUACCUCAAUAAGUAUACCAGUGUACAAAUAUUCAAGUGCAAAAUUUUGUUAUUUGUACAUUUAAAGUGCUGUUGUUCAAAAAUUGUUUUACAAAAUAGAAUACUUGCUGUAGCAACAAUUCUUUUGAUUGCUCUCCUCUCACAAUUUAGAAAUACUUGUACAGUUUUAAUGGAAGGCAAGCACUGUACAAUUUAUUUUUAUAAAGUUUAAUUAUGAGCAUCUGAUUUUGAUCAGCACCAAAGUCUGAAUUAUUCUUGAGAUAAAUAAUUGCGUAUGCCAUAUCAUUGUCAGACUGUUAAGUAAUGCAUUUCCUUUUGAAAUUUGUCUUUUAAAAGGACCAAAAUGUAAAAAGGACAAAUUGUAUCUGUCUUACUUUUAUCGGUGUCUAUGGCAAGCCAUGGGUAUGGCCACCAGUUUGUCUCCUCUUGAUUUCUCACAUUGUACUUCAGUCCUCUGAUAGCUAGGGGUCAACAUCACCUCAUUGUCAAGUCCCUUCACAAACAAUUACCUAAUUUACACCACAUCAAUAAUCUAAAUUAAUAAAGUAAAUGCCACUAAUUACGCACAGAUGAUGAUUGACUGCAAUGUUACACUCACAUGUUACAUUCAGUUCAAUUACUUACACAGUAGAAAUGCUGUAGUAUUUAUAAAUGUAACAAAAAAGUUAAAUAAAAUAAGAAAUAAAUUCAUGAUUGAACUGAUUAACUAAUCAUGGUCUGCAAUCAAGACUUUAAGAAGAGUGAGGUGCAUUCGUGCUGGGCUACAACAAAACCCUGCAGCCACAGUGACCCUUUUUGGAUGAGUUUGGACACCCCUGCUUUAUAUGGAUGCUUUUUUCUUUUUACUGCAGUGGUACUUAAUCCUGGACCUGGAGAGCCACCGAGUCUGUGUCUGUGUUUUGUGGUUUUUCUUUAAGAUCAGCGAUCGAUUCAGACCCAGGAAACCAGAUGACCUGAGUUAACUUUGUAAUCAACUGCUUUAAUUGAUCAAUUUCUGUGCUCCUUAAGUUCAACAAAAGCCAGCAGACCCUGUGGCUGUCCAUGUCCAGGAGUGAGGAUACACCAUGUUUUUUGUAGCAUUUGAACUUCCAUUCAUGUUCACCAUCCUUCCUGACUAUUCCUAUAUUAGGUCAACUAAUUGUUUUUACAGAUAUCCCAAUUAGAAACUUACUUGUACAAUUAGUCACUUGACCGUGCAGUUGGAGUGCCUAUGGCGACCCCUGGAGGAUAACCAUUGAAAAAGAAGUUUAAAUCCCUGCAGAUCACAUGGUGGAAACAAACUGGUGACCCUAGUCAUGGGGCAUGGUUACUCACUCAGUGUGAAAGUCAGUUUGUGAAAUGAUAAUGCAAUAUAUUUGUAUAUUUGCAAAGUAUACAGUUUAUAUUUCAGACAAAAAAAAUGUUUUAUGGUGUAAUCUGAGAUAAUGGAUAUUUGUUUCCUUAAAAAAGCUUAUAUAUUCUCCAUAUUCAAAAUUAACAGUGAUGUGUCUUAUUAGAGCUGUAUUGCUAUUGCAGAGGCACUGAUGCAGUGUAAACGUGGAAGCUUUAUUCUUUUUCCAGAGGAAAUCAUUGUUAUUGAUGCUGGAAAUCUCCAUAGCCAUCCAUCUCUUCACCAGAUGAAUUUUAUAUUAGUCUCUACACAGAUGUGGACAAAUGCUAUUCUGUGCUUAAAAAUAAAGGCUUUGGCUUCCUUAGUUCCA